AUGGCAGAGGAUCACUCUCUCCACUGGAAUUGCAGGCUCUUUUUUCCCCAAUUUGUGAUCGAAGAGAGUGAAGAAAAUGGCGACCGGUCACUCCUAGAGACUUUGUUCGAUUUGAUGAAGCAUCACUUCGAAAUCGAAGAGGGUAAACAACUUUGCAAUCUCGUUUACCAGAUCAAUCUUGCACCCAAGGGGAACUGGGUUUAUGGUUUUAUUAUUGCUUUAAACUUUGGAUUUUUGUUGUCGAGAAAUUUGCAGGUGAUGGUAAUUAGGGGUAAAGAUAAAGGCAAGACUGGUGUUGUUAAGCGUGUUGUUCGUUCUCAGAUGUGUGUUAUUGUUGAAGGCAAGAAUCUGGUUAAGAAGCAUAUCAAGCAAGGCCAAGGUCAUGAAGGUGGGAUCUUUACGGUUGAAGCUCCUCUUCAUGUUUCAAAUGUUCAAGUUAUUGAUCCAGUCACAGGGAAGCCUUGUAAAGUUGGGAUUAAGUAUCUUGAAGAUGGAACCAAAGUAAGAGUAUCCAGAGGCCUGAGUGCAUCAGGAUCCAUUAUUCCUCUUCCUGAGAUAUUGAAGAUAAGGACUACGCCAAGGCCUAUAGUUGGUACUUACUCUAAUAUUUUACGCUCUUCUUUUUCUUUUUCCCUGUAGUAAAAUAUGACUCUCCUCUUGAUAUU